ACGCGCAACAUAUGACACAGUCUGUGUGCACCAUAUCACGUCGGAGAGAAGCGUCCAAUCUCUCACCCGACGUAUGUGCUAGUGUUCUUAGCCGGAGUCCUAUCCAGUCCCUUGAUACGAAGUGAUGGAGGUCCCUGAAUUCGAAGUCUACCCCGGAUCGUCGUGGCCUGUCGCUCGUAGCGCGCCUUCGUCUUUUUCCUACUGAUGUGCUGGGCAUGCCUUCCUUGAUACCGCUGGACGAUUACCUCGGGGCCAUCCUGAUUGGGCUGCUUCUAUCUACCGUUUUGUACGGAGUAACUUGUCUUCAGACAUACCUUUACUACACUCGGUAUUCGAAGGGGGACGGUCGUGGUCUGAAAGCACUGGUUGCUAUUAUCUUCGUUGUGGACACCUUCCAUGUUAUUUUGUUGACAAUCUCUUACUAUCACUAUACCGUGACAAAUUUCGGCGACUACAUUGCGCUGGAAAAUGACGUCUGGAGCUUGUCGGUCCAGGUCGGCGUUGGAGCUUUGGCGGGAUUUCUUGUGCAGCUCUUCUUUGCCUACCGAAUAUACGGGUUAAGCGAGAGAAGGAUACAGAUUCCGGGUGCAAUCUGUGUCCUGGCACUAUUUCAACUAGCGUCUUUGAUUGCAUACACCAUCAUCGGCUUCGAGGAUCAUUACGUCGGUUCCAUGAAGAAUGGAGCGAGGGCAACUAUAGGCUGUGGCUUAUCGGCGAACAUCGCUUGUGAUCUGGUCAUAGCUGCCGCGAACAUAUAUUUCCUUGAGAUCCGACGAACGUUGUCUCAGAGGUCAAACAAAGCUAUCAAAAUACUCAUCAUCUAUACAUUCAAUACAUACAUCCUUGUCACGGUGUUCGCUAUCGUGUGCCUGAUCACGUGGUUGACCUGCCCCGGCCUCAUCUUCGGUGCUGUUGAGUUUAUCUUGGUCCGACUAUACCCGUGUUCCCUCCUUUGCCUCCUCAACUCGCGAGAGAGUAUUCGGCGAGCUCUGGAGGGACAAACGGGCCCACGCCGGAUGUCGAUCGACGAGCUGUCUACCUCUAUGCAAGAGGCGACGCUAUUUACUGAAGAUCAGCAUCUGGUAAAACCAAACUUGUUACAGGAGUCGUCAUCAGUGUCGCAGCCUCAGACUAAGAGGGACAAAUGGUUCCCGCUGGACGAGGCUCAAGAAGAGGUGUAGGAUACUCUGUACAUUUACACUUUCUGUUGAGGUGGUUCCGAUCUGCAGUAUGUAUCGCGCCUGGUUGCCGUGUAAUGCAAGGUCGAGGGCUCACAUUGAAAA